AACAUUUUGCGAUUUGUUCCCUGCACCAGACAUUUGUAUCAUGUUUGUCUGAAACCUUGGUUCUACGUAUGUGUGCUUUAGCAAAGAACUAUUAAUAGUACAAACAAAACCGACAGAUACUAAAAAAUAAAGUCUCACCAAAGAAAACAGGAGCACCAAUGUACAUUCAGGAAAUGCCCUUUGAUUGUAAAUUCUGUGAUAACCAAUCAGAAGCAUUUGACAGUGAGGACCUCCACACCUCCCACCAGCUAUUUAGAGUACAUACUGUCUGAGUAAAGACAGUGUCAUCAUGACUCUGUUAUGGCUCACAUUGUUACUUUUUCAACAAGGGCAUACUUUGGUUCCAGUGGUCACAGUGCAACCUGGUCAAUCUGUGACUUUAACAUGUGCUUUUAGUAGGAGAUAUCAGAGCAACAUGUGGUAUUACUGGUACAAGCAGAGUGCCGGAGAUACUCUGGAUUUAAUUGCGAUGCAGCAGAAAAUGAUAAUCCCAAAAUAUGGGCCAAAUUUCUCUGCUUCAAGAUUCAGUGUAAUUCACACUGGGGAUAGCAGCAAUCUUACAAUUUUUUCAACAGUUCAAAAAGAUGAGGGAAUGUAUCACUGUGCUGAAAUGGACACACUUAAAUCUACGUGGAGUGGGACUUACUUAUCAAUAAAAGGAAACUCUAAGAGUACAUCGACCUACACUGUUGUUCAGCAGCCGACAGUCUCACAGACCCUGCAGUGUUCACUCCUCUCUGACUCUGAGAACACAACCUGUUCAGGAGAUCCCAGUGUGUUCUGGUUCAGGGCCAGAUCAGAUAAAUAUUUUCCAGAUGUUAUCUACACUGAGGGGGAAAAAGCAGAAAAUUGUGAGAAGAGAUCUGAUUCUCAGAAGAGAUGUAUUUAUAACUUCUCUAAGAACGUCAGCUUCUCUGAUGCUGGGACUUACUACUGUGCUGUGGCCACUUGUGGACAGAUACUAUUUGGAAAGGAAAGGGACCCUCAAAUCGAUAAAACAAAUGAAAUAAAUGUGCUGGUGGUCACAAUGGUCACAAUAAUCUGCUUGGUAAUUUCUGUAAUUGGUAUUGGUAACAUUGUUUUCAUCUGCUUCCGAACACAAAGAUCUGCAUUUCAACGAUUGAAAGAAAGCUCUUCUUCACAGAGGAGAUGCAACUUUAGCCAAAAAAAUUAUACUAAAGAUGGAUCAUAUCUGAAAUUCGCUGCAUUGCAUUUCUCAGAAGGAAGAACAUCAACAUCAAAGGAGAAGAGAGAGUUGAUGACUGAAUGUGUGUAUUCACCAGUUAAAGGGUUAUUUUAAAUAUAUGUGUGUCAACUUGUACAUAAAACUCAAAUUCUGAGAUGCUAGUUUAUACUGCUACUGACACACAAUUAAAAGUUGUGGAUUCAGUUAAAACUGAAUAGAAGGAAGAAGUGUAGAAAAAGGAGUGUAUUUUUAAUGUUUUAUUAUGAGCUUGCCUCCAUACUGUAGUGUAUUCGAACAAUUAAACUUUUGGGGUUCAUGUAUUUAUGUGGAGUUCAUUAAGUACACAAGUUGUAAAUAAAAACAGCUCUAUGUA